UGAAAGAAAGAGAAACUGCCUAGUUGUGAAGAGGAUUUGAUCCCUAAGCAGCACAGAAACAGUCUUCAGAAAGAGCAAUGGAGAUGUGUGAAGCUGAUGAUCUAAAGAGUUCUGGGCUGGCAGAAUUGGAUGAGGACGCAUUGAUGCCCUCUGGAUGGAGCAACUUUAACCUCAGAACUCAGAGCCUGAGAAGAUAUUCAGUUUCCUGGCUGAGUCGCCUGGGCUUCCUGAUGAUGAUGUUCUUCAUUACCCUUUCCUUCAUCCUCAGCAUCAUUAUCCUGUCCCGAGUCUUCCAGACUCAAAGUCAGUAUAACUUGGAGCAUGAAGCAAUCAUGAAGAAACUGAGCCAGCUCUCUGCCCAAAUGAAAGAUGAUUGGGAUUUGAGGGCUAAAGAAAAUCUUGAAGUUUCCCAGCUCAUUGAACAACUGAACAAUACCUUGAAUUUGAGGGCCAAAGAAAAACUUGAAGUUUCCCAGCUCAUUGAACAACUGAACAAAAACUUGAAUUUGAGGACCAAGGAAAAAAUUGAAGCUUCCCAACUCAUUGAUCAACUGAACAAAACUUUGAACUUGAGAGCCGAAGAACAAAAUGAAGCUUCCCUGCUCAUCAAACAACUGAACAAAACUUUGAGCACCUUUUGCCAACCAUGUCCCUAUAAGUGGGAGUUAUAUAAAGACAGCUGUUACUUCUUUUCUGUGAACCAAAAUUCAUGGGAGGAAGCCAGAGAGGCAUGUAAGAUAGAUGGUUCUGACCUGGUCAUCGUCAGCUCUUCAGAGGAGCAGAAAUACCUGAAGCAGAAGGUUGACUUGAGCCAUUUGUGGUGGUUGGGACUCAGUGACAAGAAGAAAGAGGGGACCUGGCACUGGGUGGAUGGAACAAUUCUGGAACAGUCCUUUUGGAAUGAGGGAGAACCCAACAAUGCUGGUGAUGAGGAUUACUGUGAGCUGACCUCUAAAAGUUGGAAUGAUGCAUCUUGCAGCAAGAAGAACAAGUGGAUCUGUGAGAAGGAAGCUUUCUCUUGUCUCAAACCCUGAGGUGCUCCAGGAAUUGGAUGGUGGGUGGGAGUAGUAAUAGUAAUAACUGCACCUGGAUAGAAGAAGAAUAGAUGGGUCUAGGGACCAGUGCUCCAGGCUACUCUGCCCUGACUGCACACUCUACUUUUGUAUCUCAGUUUGUCUCUUUGUGAAUCCUGGCCCUAAUUUUUUUGUCAUGAGGCUAAAAUUCCCAGAGAUUUCCCUAAAUAAGCCUUUCCCCUACACUCUCUCCUAUACUAAUCUCCAUGUCUUUGAUUGUCACCUUUAUCUGGCUGAUUCCCAGGACUACAUCUCUCAUAAGCUUGCUCCCUUACUUUCUGAUCAUUUUGUUUGUGGCUGACCAUUCAUCCCUGCCUGAAGAUUUUGCUUCAAUAAAAUAGAUGACUUUCCUCCCAUCUUGUAUAUAUUUUUGUAAAGGUUUCCCAAUGUAGAGUACCUGGUACAUAAUUCUUCCCUAAUAAAUGCUUGUUGAUUAA